AUGUCAAGAGUUGAAGAAAUAAAUAUUAUGAGAGGCAAUAACUUUACAACUGAAGUUUCAACUCCACCGCCUCCACCGCUUGAUAAAGAUUCUCCGUCUUUUAUGAGUAAUGACUCCUCUGUAAAUACACCUUCUGAUGAACAAAUCAUCACCGAGUCCAUGAAAGAAGAAGAAGGAAAGCUUCAGACUGAAACCGAGAAAGAAAAUUUGAAAGUGCUUAAAGAAAAGGCUGUAGCUGAUUAUGAUGCACUUGUGGAUAAACAACGCGUGCAACGACUCAAGUUCCUUUUGGAGAAAUCAUCCCUUUAUGCUCAAUUUCUCGCCAAUAAAAUGGAACGACAACAACAAGAACAACGUGAACGUGCUCAAGCCGAAGAAGUAAAACGCGCUAUCGCCAAAGAAAAGUUAAAAGUGAAACAGGAAAAGAUUUCUGUGGGUCCGACACGAAAAUCAACUCGGGUUAAUGCAAAAUCCACAUCACCGACUACAAAACAAACUGCAAAGAAGAAGUCGGGCACUACCAAAAAAAGAAAGGCUAAUGAUGCCGAUUAUAACAUUGCGGAUUACGUGGAAAACAAUGAACUUUCUAAACGUCGAAAAAGUUCAGAAUCACAGUCAACGCCUGUAAAAUCUUCUAAUAUAGAAGAACCUGUUGAAAACGAGGAAGAGAUUUCUUCUACUGACAUUAAACCAGAUGAUGAAAUCAAAAAGUUUGACAUACCCGCUCGUCAACCAAGGUUAGUUACGGGUGGCGUCCUUCGUGAUUAUCAGUUAAUCGGUGUCGAAUGGCUAGUUAGUUUAUAUGACAAUGGAUUAAAUGGUAUUUUAGCUGAUGAAAUGGGUUUGGGAAAGACAUUACAAACCAUUGCUUUCUUUGCAUAUCUCUGGGAACGCCAAAUUUUUGGUCCAUUUUUGAUUGUUGCACCACUUUCGACAUUGGCCAAUUGGGUCAGCGAAUUUCAUAGGCAAUUAUUUAUAAUUUUAUAUUAUCCAAUUACAAGUUAUGAAAUUGUGAUGAAUGAUCGCAAAUACCUUCAGAAAUUCUCGUGGAAGUAUAUUGUAGUGGACGAAGGUCAUCGUAUUAAAAAUCUUAACUGCAAAUUGAUUCGGGAAUUGAAGAGUUAUCAUUCUGCAAAUCGUUUACUUUUGACUGGAACUCCACUACAAAAUAACUUGGCAGAAUUAUGGAGUCUUUUGAACUUUCUUUUGCCUGAUAUUUUUGAUGAUCUUGAUAGUUUUCAGGACUGGUUUGAUUUCUCCGCGCUUCACGAACAAGAUGGUGAAUCGCGUAUCCUUGCUAGGGAGCAGUCAACUGAAGUUAUCACUAAUUUACACAAAAUUUUAAAACCAUUUUUGUUGCGUCGUAUAAAGAGUGAUGUGGAAAAUUCUCUUCCCAAGAAGAAAGAAUACCUUUUAUAUGCUCCUUUAUCAAGACAACAAAAAGAAAUAUACGAUGCUAUCGUGGCUCGAAACAUUCGCCCAUUCUUAUUAGCCAAGAAGGUGGAAGAGGUUGAAAACGAAAUGGGAAUUACAGGACAUGAUAGUGGAAGUGAGUCAACGAUAGACUCAUCCGAAGACGAAGAGGAUUCGGAUUCUAAUUCGUUUCGAAAACGUAAGAAAAGACUUCGCGGAAGGACGCAUUUAUCUUAUAAAGAAAUUACUGAUGACGAAUAUUUCGAGUCUCUGGAAGAAAAGAAGGAGUCCUCCCCUAAAAUGGAUGAGGAGGAAGCAGCGAAAAUGGCUGCUAAUGCCGAAAAGAAAUCAAAGACCAUGAAAGCCGUCAAAACUAUCAAUGGAAUGAAACUACAAAACGUUGUGAUGCAAUUACGCAAAAUCUGUAAUCAUCCAUACCUUUUCGACUGGCCUAUUGAUCCAGAAACGGAACAAUAUUUAAUUUCCGAGGAAUUGAUAGCCAGCUCCGGAAAAAUGAUGCUUUUGGAAAAAUUGCUCCAUGAGCUAUUUGAACGCGAUCAUAAAGUAUUAAUAUUUUCCCAAUUUACAACAAUGCUUGAUAUCAUUGAAGACUGGGCUACUACUUUCAAGAAUUGGGAAAUUUGCAGAAUUGAUGGUGGUGUAAGCCAAGAAACUAGGCGACAACAGAUUCAAGAUUUCAAUACGAACCCAAAUAUCAGACUAUUCAUUUUAUCCACGCGAGCUGGUGGUUUAGGCAUUAACUUGACCGCAGCGGAUACAGUCAUCAUAUAUGAUACGCAAGACCGUGUUCAUCGUAUCGGCCAAACAAAACCAGUUAUAAUUUAUAGAUUGGUUACCGCAAAUACGGUUGAAACUAAGAUCAUAGAAAAGGCUUCUGCAAAACGAAAGUUGGAAAAACUUGUUAUCCACAAAGGAAAAUUCAAGCUUCCCACUUCAAGAGAAGUAACUGUUGCUAGUUUAAGGGAAUUAGCGGAAACUCUUGCCGCAGAGGAUAAUGAAAAAGUACAAUUAGCUGAACAUGGCGAUAAAAUAAUUCCGGAAGCAGAUUUAAUUCGUCUUAUGGAUCGUAGUGAAGAAGCGUUCGCGAAGAUUGGCACCUCUGAAAUUUGUGAAGAAAGGGGUGAAAUUUUCAAGGUUAUUUCUGAAGUAAGGGAUGAUGAUAAUGAUUUGUUGGCAAAAAUGAGUAAAGAUGACGAAAAUAUGGAAGAAGAUAAAUAA